CGGGCAGGAGGGGCACGCGGCCGUCCGCCCCCGUGUCUCCUUCCUUCUUCACUCAGCCGCCACUCCCAAUGCUUCUCCGCUCUGUUUGCUCUAUUUUCCAGGCAUUUUCCGCAGGGAGAGGCGUCCGCCCCCAAAUCCGCCUCGCUCCCCCGGACUCUGGCCUCCCUCUGCCUCCCCGAGGCCUCCGCCAUCCAUCCGGUCCCUAAGGUCCGCCGCGUCCUGCGAGCAGGUACCUCGGCGCGGGGAGGACGACGCAGCUGCUCGGCGGCUCUGGGAGGUGCCGCACCCGCCCCAGGGGGAGGCGCUGUGUCCCGGAGCCGCCCCCUUGCGCCCCGGGCGCCGUCUGAGGCUCGGCCUCCUUCCUUCUCCACCUCCUCCGCCCUCCUUGGCUGGGAAAGUGGGAGGCGGCGGCGGCGUGUAAGUGCGCCCGUGAAGGGGGCAGCAGAGAGGAGUCUCUCCGAGCUGCCGCGGCGUCAGAGACACUGCGAACCAGGAGCACGGCGCGGCUGCAUAUGCCUCGGCCACUGCCGCUGUUGCGGGGCUGCGAACAAAGAGGAGGAGCCGAGGCGCGAGAGCAAAUUCUGAAAUGGAUGUUACAUGACUCAUUUUAAGGGAUGCACACUACUAGGAACAUUUGUGAGGCAUUUUCCCUGUAGAUUAGAUAAAGAUGGAUGAAUCUGCCUUGUUGGAUCUCCUGGAGUGUCCUGUGUGUCUAGAGCGGCUUGAUGCUUCUGCAAAAGUCUUGCCUUGUCAGCACACGUUUUGCAAACGAUGUUUACUGGGGAUUGUGGGUUCCCGAAAUGAACUCAGAUGCCCGGAGUGCAGGACUCUUGUUGGCUCGGGUGUGGAGGAGCUUCCGAGUAAUAUCCUGCUGGUAAGACUUCUGGAUGGCAUCAAGCAGAGGCCUUGGAAACCCAGCCCUGGUGGGGGUAGUGGGACGAACUGCACAAAUGCAUUAAGGGCCCAGAGCAGCAUUGUGGCUAAUUGUAGCUCAAAAGAUCUUCAAAGCUCCCAAGGUGGACAACAGCCACGAGUGCAAGCCUGGAGUCCCCCGGUGAGGGGUAUACCUCAGUUACCAUGUGCCAAAGCUUUAUACAACUACGAAGGAAAAGAGCCUGGAGACCUGAAAUUCAGCAAAGGUGACAUAAUCAUUUUGCGACGACAAGUGGAUGAAAAUUGGUACCAUGGGGAAGUCAGCGGGAUCCAUGGCUUUUUCCCCACCAACUUCGUGCAGAUUAUUAAACCAUUACCUCAGCCCCCACCUCAGUGCAAAGCACUUUAUGAUUUUGAAGUGAAAGACAAGGAAGCAGACAAAGAUUGCCUUCCCUUUGCAAAGGAUGAUGUUCUGACUGUUAUCCGGAGAGUGGAUGAAAACUGGGCUGAAGGAAUGCUGGCAGACAAAAUAGGAAUAUUUCCAAUUUCAUACGUUGAGUUUAACUCAGCUGCUAAGCAGCUGAUAGAAUGGGAUAAGCCUCCUGUUCCAGGAGUUGAUGCUGGAGAAUGUACCACAGCAGCAGCCCAGAGCAGCACUGCCCCAAAGCACUCUGACACCAAGAAGAACACCAAAAAGCGGCACUCUUUCACUUCCCUCACCAUGGCCAACAAAUCCUCCCAGGCAUCCCAGAACCGCCACUCCAUGGAGAUCAGCCCACCCGUCCUCAUCAGCUCCAGCAACCCCACGGCUGCCGCACGCAUCAGCGAGCUGUCUGGGCUUUCCUGCAGUGCCCCUUCUCAGGUUCAUAUAAGUACCACCGGAUUAAUUGUGACCCCACCCCCAAGCAGUCCAGUGACAACUGGCCCCUCAUUUACUUUCCCAUCAGAUGUUUCCUACCAAGCUGCCCUUGGAACUAUGAAUCCCCCUCUUCCCCCACCCCCUCUCCUGGCUGCCACUGUGGUCUCCUCCACGCCGUCAGGUGCUGCUGCUCCUGGAACAGGACAGAGGCCCGCAGCGGGACCCACGGACCAGAUUGCACACUCACGGCCUCAGCCUCGCCCCAGCGUGUACAUUGCUAUAUAUCCUUAUACUCCCCGGAAAGAGGAUGAACUGGAACUAAGAAAAGGGGAGAUGUUUUUGGUGUUUGAACGUUGCCAGGAUGGCUGGUUCAAAGGGACGUCAAUGCAUACCAGCAAGAUGGGGGUUUUCCCUGGUAAUUAUGUGGCACCAGUCACAAGCAGGGCGGUGACAAAUGCUUCCCAAGCUAAAGUUCCUGUAUCCACAGCCAGCCAGACAAGUCGGGGGGUGACGAUGGUCAGUCCUACCACUGCAGCAGGGCCUGCCCAGAAGCUCCAGGGAAAUGGCGUGGCCGGGAGUCCUGGUGUCGUCCCCACAGCCGUGGUGUCGGCAGCUCACAUCCAAACGAGUCCGCAGGCCAAGGUCCUGCUGCACAUGACUGGGCAGAUGACAGUCAACCAGGCCCGCAAUGCUGUGAGGACAGUUGCAGCACACAACCAGGAGCGCCCCACGGCAGCAGUGAUGCCCAUCCAGGUGCAGAAUGCUUGCCCUGGCCCCGUGUCUGUGGGCCUCCCCCAUCUCUCCUUGGCCUCCCAACAACCUCCGCCUGCUCAUGCUGCUGCCAUUGGUGUCAGUCGAGCCAAUCCUCCCCUAGCCUGUGCUGCAGCUGCCUCACUGUCCUCCCCGAGCAUCACUGCUGCCUCUCUGGAGACUGAACCCGGUGGCAGGUCAGUGACCAUUCUCCCUGGACUUCCCACAUCUCCUGACAGUGCUUCAUCGGCUUGUGGGAACAGUUCAGCAAGCAAACCAGAUAAGGAGAGUAAGAAAGAAAAAAAGGGCUUGUUGAAGUUGCUUUCUGGAGCCUCCACCAAACGUAAGCCCCGAGGAUCUCCUCCAGCGUCCCCCACCCUGGAAGUGGAGCUGGGUGCUGGCGAGUUGCCUCUGCAGGGAGCCGUGGGUCCUGAGCUGCCGCUAGGGGGCAGCCACAGCAGAACCGGCUCCUGCGCGCUGGACGGGGAUGGCCCAGUGGCGGCGGCUGCGCUGGCCCAGGAUGCCCUUCACCGGAAGGCGAACCCCCUGGACCCCGCUGCCCCCAUCGCGCCACCUCCGCGUCAGGCGUGCUCCUCCCUGGGACCUGUCCUGAGUGAGUCCAGGCCCGUAGUGUGCGAAAGGCACAGGGUGGUGGUUUCCUAUCCUCCUCAGAGUGAGGCAGAACUUGAACUUAAAGAAGGAGACAUUGUGUUCGUUCAUAAAAAACGAGAAGAUGGCUGGUUCAAAGGCACGUUACAACGUAAUGGGAAAACUGGCCUUUUUCCGGGAAGCUUUGUGGAAAAUAUCUGAGGAGAUUAAACACUGAGAAGGCUUAAAAUCACAUCCACAAGAAAAUAGGCUAUUCAAUUUAGUAGAAAGAGCACAUUUGUGGACUUGCAGAUGGUCAGGAGAUGAGCAAAGGAUCGAUGUGUGACUCCAGUGCCCCACUGCACAGUUAUUCCAGUGAACAGAGUGAAGAAGGUGUGUUUGUGUGGGUUUUAUCACUUUGUAUUCUGAUGUGUAAGGUGUGCCUUGUACUGUCUGAUUUACUCUACAGAGAAACCUUUUUUUUAAAAGAUAUAUAACGAAAAUGGACAAUUGUUUACAAGGCUUAACUAAUUUAUUUGCUUUUUUAAACUUGAACUUUUCUUGUAACAAAUUCUUUGGAUUAUGAUUUUUAAAAAUUAUUAAUUUAUGAAAUGAUAGCUAAGGAGAAGCUGGACUCUUCCUGUCAAAAGCAAGAGAUUCUUUCUGAAAUGAAUGCACCUCCAUGCCCCCCCCAGACUUAAUUUUGCUUCUUUAAGACAGAAAUGCCAGUUCUCUAAUUUGAUCUUCCUCUCUAAAAUAAUAAACAUACUCUAAGAAAUGUAAUAUUGUUGGGAAUCCAAAAUAUGCAACUGAAUCAGCAUCAAUAAGGGCCUUGGGUAAGGAGACAGAAUCUUGAGCGAGGAGAAGUUAGCAAUUCCUUGUGUUUCUGAUUUGAUUAAGAAUCAUCUUGUAUAUAAGACCUAGUCCUCAAUUUAAUUUUGUGCAUUUUUAAUUUUCAUAGAAUGGAAUCAGUGAAGUGGUAAAGAAGACUAAUUGAAUCACAACCCUUGGACAAAAAUAUUCAGAAAUAUAUUUAGUUUUAUAACAGAAACAGCUCAGUUCAUUGGUUGGAAUUACUGUCCAUUGGUUGGACAGUACUCACUGUCUGAGAAUGCCCGUGAAAUGUAAUUUCCCAUUUUACCCCAAGCAAUCUACAUGUCCAAGACACAAUAAAGCAUUUGUGAAAUAGUGGUGGUCAAUGAUGCACUUGUGGUAAAGUCAAAGGCUGUAAGAAACACUGAAAAGUUUACAUUCAUCCCUUGUGAUUCUUUUCCCACCAUCUUGCAUGUGUUACUGGAUUCCGCAUGGUUGUGUAUAUUUCAUUGCGAUUUCCUGUGGAGGUUAGUUUGCACUCAAGAGUUGACCAGUGCAGGAGGUGUGAAAUAAACAGUGCUCUCUCCCGCAAAGCCAGUCCUGACCACGUCUCUGAGUGCACUCACUCCCUCUUUGGCAGGAGGCUUCUGUUAGCCAGUACACAAGUCAUUGGUGAAAAGGCUCUUUCAUGCCCUCCCAGCUGACAGUUGUAAAAGAUGCGUUUAUCCAGGAAACAGCUUCUGUGGCUGUUCCAUUGCAGCUCUGAGAGUCCUAAUGUGAGGGAAUGUGCCCACACCUUCCAACUGUGGCAGGAUCCAGCCUGUCUUUUUAUAUCCAUUCUUGAUGUCAUUGGCCUCUUCUGCCGCUUUCAUAUGGUGCCACACCGUGGGUCUGGGUAGUCGUGAAAACAAAAGGAGGGAACAUAGCCUGGUUGUGAAUGAGUUCAUUGCCAGUUUUCUCAUGAAAUAUACAAACGAAUCUUUUCAUUUUCUUAUUUUUAAGAAUUACAACUGGGAAACAGAAAUAUAAACUGAAAAGUCUUCCUGCUAUAGCAAGAGAUUUAAAAGAUGUAUGAUGUUGAAAAUGAAAUCAUUCCUAAAUUAACUUUUUUUUUCUUACAAAACACUGUACAUUAUGUUCCUAUGUGUUGAAUUUUUAAGAAAAUACUUUACUUGGAUAUUCAUGUAAUAUAUAUAAAGGUUUGGUGAAUGAGAUUUAGUUAGAAAAAAAGCUGGCAUCAGCUUUCAUCUGUGUAAGUUGACACUAAUGUGUCAUAAUAUUCUUUAUUUUGGGAAAUUAGUGUAUUUUAUAAAAAUAAAAAAAGUAAAAAGACUACUACAGGUUAAAAUAAUUUUUUUACCUGUCUUUUCUCCAUAUUUUAAGCUAUGUGAUUGAAGUACCUCUGUUAAUAGUUUCUUGGUGUAAAGUUGGUUAAAAUUUCAUCUGUUUAUAGAUCAUUAGGUAAUAUAAUGUAUGGGUUGUCUGUUGGUUUGGGGAGACAGUAGAUGGAGAUUUUGUAACAAGGGCUUGUUACACAGUGAUAUGGUAAUGAUAAAACUGCAGUUUAUCUUGCCUUUUCAUGUUAAUUUGAGGACUGGAUAAAAAGUUGGAGAUUAAAAUUUGAUGUACGACCUU